GCUGCUUUAGCGUUAGCAUUAGCAUCAGCUGUGAGGUGGUGUGUUUAAGUUUUGAUGAUUUUGUUUAAAUUAAAUUAGAUAUUCUGAUGGAGAACGAUAUUUUGGACUCUCUUGAGGAUCUUGGGUACCAGGGUCCUCUGUUGGAGGAUGGCACUCUUCACGAGGCUCUCGGCGGUGGUGCAGCAUCUCCAGAGUUCACUAAGCUCUGCUCCUGGCUCGUCUCUGAACUGAAACUCUUCUGCAAACUGGAGGAGAACGUCCACGCUACUAACUGUCCGAGCGAGGCCGACAGCUUCCAGUUGGAGAUGAGUGGAUUGCUAACAGAGUUGGCGUGUCCGUACCCCUCUCUCACACAUGGGGCCGUCACCCAGCGCCUGCUCAACGCCAACAACUGUGUCCUACUGCUCUCGUUUUUGGUGUCGGAGUUGGAAGCCGCUCGUAUGACGCUGGUGAAUAAACCACAGGCCGCUCAGGACGGCGGUACCGAAACGUCCAGUAGUGAAGCUUUCCUGGAGCUGAAGGGCAUCUGCAUGGCCCUGAAAAUGUCCAAACCUCCGUCCAACAUCAGCAUGUUCCAGUUCUUCAGCGGCAUCGAGAAGAAGUUGAAGGAAGCGUUUUCCAGAGUUCCUCCCAGUCACGUAGGUGCACCUCUACUGAAGAAAAACCUGGGUCCUCUUCACUGGGAGAAAAUUGAAGCUAUAAACCAGGCGCUGGUAAACGAGUAUGAGGUGAGGAGGAAAAUGUUACUCAAGCGCCUGGAUGUGACCGUCCAGUCCUUUGGCUGGUCCGACCGAGCAAAGGCUCGAUCUGAGAAGCUGGGUAAAGUGUACCAGCCUCUCCGCUCGGCGCUGGGCGGUAAGAGCAGGGUGGGUGUCGCCCAUCUGAUCGCCGCCAGAGAGGACCUGUCCAAAAUCCUGCGCACCAGCAGCGGCCAGAGCCGAGAAAAAACCUCCUGCGCCAUCAACAAGGUUCUGAUGGGUCGCGUCCCAGAUCGCGGCGGUCGACCGAACGAAAUCGAGCCUCCGCCCCCCGAGAUGCCGACGUGGCAGAAGCGGCAGGACGGUCCGACAGGGGGCGGCGGCGGCAGAGGGGGCGGCAGAGGCGGCUACGAUCAGCACCAGGGCGGCAGAGGAGGCGGUGGAAGAGGGGGCAAGGUACAAGGAGGCUGGUCGGACGGAGGAUCUCAGGGUCAUUAUCAGGACGGAGGACGAGGCGGCUACCAGGGAGGCCAAAGGGGUCAGGGGCAUCAGGGGGGAGGGUACCAGGGAGGACCAGGGUACACGGGCGGAGGGUAUCAGGGUGGGUACCAGGCGCAGGGAUACUCCGGCGGAGGAUACCAAGGAGGCCAACACCAAGACGGAGGGCGUCAGCAGGAGCGAGGAGGCGGGCGGGGUGGGCGCGGAGGAAGGGGGCGGGGCGGACGAGGAGGGCAGAGUGGAGGCUGGGGGGGUGGCAGAGGGGGGCAGAAUUUUAACCAAGGAGGGAAGUUCGAGCAGUUCUUCCAGCAGGGAGGGCACCAGUAUAACCAGUCAGGGUUCGGGCAGGGGCACUACACCAGCUGAGGGCGAGAGAGUCCGCGGGGAGGUGAAGAGCCGGGCGGGGCCGGGCAUCCGUGCGCUCGCCGCACUCAUGAGGAAGAGAACAGCCUCGUUCCUACCUGACCUGCUAGCGGCUAAGCUGAUCCUACGUCGCGUGUCCUCCUCCUCACGGCUUUGGGCUGCGUCCCAAUCCAGCGUGUCACAUCAGUCAGUCCAUGAUGUUUUCACAACAGAAAGCUAACAUCCGAUCAAGUUAGCGUCGGAAUGCUAGCACUCCUUCAUGCACUUAGCGUAACUUCUGGAGUGUUAGCGUUGCGGGUGUUGAGGCGCUCGGAGGUGUUUGUGUAAUAUAUAAAAAUAUUUAAGAAUAAGUCUUUAUUUUGGUUGAUUAGAAGUUUGGUGAUGGACGUUCCCGCUCUUCUACGCGGGAGGAUUUAUUUUCAUUAAAGUUCCUAAAGCUGCUCGUUCUGUUGGGAAAAUGUCUGGUGUUACAACACUGAGGGGAAUAAAGCGGAAUGUUUACUGA